AUGGCUGGCCCGCGGUCCCUGCUGCAGUACAUCUGCAGCAUCGUGCUCUUCGUUGCCACAGUGCACGCCCUCAAGUUCGACCUCGCCGCCGACGGCAAGCUUCGCUGCAUCAGGAAUUUCGUCGGCAAGGACACCCUCGUCGUCGUCACCGCGACAGUGGGCGGAUUCAAGGGCGAUGGCCAAAGAGUCAACAUGCAGAUCAGAGAUGCUGUUGGCAACGAAUACGGCCGCCCCCAAGACGUGGCUGGUGAGCAGCGCACCGUCUUCCACUCGCACGCAGACGCUGCCUUUGACGUCUGCUUUGAGAACCUGAACUCUGGUGCCCGUGGGACUCCCUUCCGCCACAUCGAGCUCGACAUUGACAUUGGCGCGGACGCCAAGGACUGGUCGGCGAUCCAGGCGAGCGAGAAGCUCAAGCCCGUCGAGACGGAGCUGCGGCGCAUCGAGGAGGAGCUGGCCGAGGUUGUCACCGAGAUGGACUACCUGCGUGCGCGCGAGGUCAAGCUGCGUGACACCAACGAGAGCACCAACACCAGAGUCAAGUGGUUCGGCGUCGGCACCACGAUGUUGCUCGUCGGCCUCUGGGUCUGGCAGAUCAUGAUGCAAAUGACGCUGAUAUCAAGUCUGCGCAGCGUCAUGGUUGUGGUGUUGCUGGCUGGCACUACUGAAUGCGAGGCUGUAAAGGGUGCGACGACAACGACAAUGGCCUCGAGAAUCAUCCCCAGAGCUCUGCACUCCCCCACUGCGGCGACGCGACUCCUGGGCGGCGGCACCCUCCGCCUCCGCCCCUUCUCCACGGGCGCCGCGACCCCUCUCCGCGCCGCGGUCGGCAACAUCCCUCCCGGCCCGAAAGACCAGGGCGCCAACCUGACCUUUGAGGGCCGCGAGAUGGGCAUCGGCGAGCUCGAGGAGUCAGAGUUCAAGAUCGAGCCCAUCCGCCGCGUCGGCGAGGACGACGACACCAUGCGCGCCCGCUUGACUUACCAGUCCCGCAAGCGCGGCAUCCUCGAGUCCGACCUGCUCCUCAGCACUUUCGCCGACGAGCGCCUGCCGCACAUGACCAGGGACGAAAUGGCCGCCUACGACCUCUUCCUCGACGAGAACGACUGGGACAUCUACUACUGGGCCACCCAGGAGCCGCCCUCGUCGUCCUCCUCCUCCUCAGAGUCCUCCGCCGCCACAAACACCACCGACACCUCGUCCGCGAGCUACGCCGGCGGCGCAGAGGCCGAGGCCGCCAGCAAGGCCGCCGCCUCGACCACCAAGACGAACACCAGCACGGCCAGCCAGGCGGCCGGCGAGUGGGCCCAGACCGUCGGCACCUUCAAGCCCGCGUACCGGCCCGUGCCCGCGCGGUGGAAGGACAGCGCCGUCCUGCGGCAGCUGCGCGAGCACGUCAAGAGCCGCGCCGCCACGGGCAAGGGCGGGAUGGCCUUUAUGCCGCCUCUGCGGUCGUAGAGAGAACCCCCCCCCCCCCCC